AUGGCUGAAAUCACCAUCACCGGGUGGACAACACGCGAUGUCCGGUUCCCCACCUCAUUGGACAAAACUGGCUCAGAUGCCAUGAAUGCUGCUGGCGACUACUCAUCUGCAUACUGCAUACUUGAGACUGACUCUGCGUAUACUGGCCACGGCAUGACGUUUACCAUCGGCCGCGGAAACGACAUAGUCUGUGCCGCCAUCAACCACGUCGCCGAGCGCAUCAAGGGUCGCACGCUCUCCAGCCUGGUGGCCCACUGGGGGCAAACAUGGCGCCACUUGGUCAACGACAGCCAACUGCGGUGGAUUGGCCCGGAGAAGGGCGUGAUCCACCUGGCGCUGGGUGCCGUGGUCAACGCGAUCUGGGACCUGUGGGCCAAGACACUGGGCAAGCCUGUGUGGAAGGUGGUGGCCGAGAUGACGCCGCAGCAGUUUGUCGACUGCAUCGAUUUCCGUUAUAUUACCGACGCCAUCACCCCUGAGGAGGCGCUGGCCAUGCUGACCGAGUCGGAGACGGGCAAAGCGGAGCGUAUCCGGGAUGCUGAAAACAGCCGGGCUGUGCCAGCGUACACGACCAGCGCAGGCUGGUUGGGUUACGGUGAGGACAAGAUGCGCGGGCUGCUGCAGGAGACAUUGUCCAAGGGGUACCGGCACUUCAAGCUCAAGGUGGGCGGCAGUCUCGAGGGCGACAAGCGGCGUCUAGGCAUCGCCCGCGAAAUAAUUGGCUUCGACCGCGGCAACGUCCUCAUGGUGGACGCCAACCAGGUGUGGUCAGUGCCUGAGGCAAUCGCGUACAUGAAGGAGCUGGCCGAGUUUAAGCCGUGGUUCAUCGAAGAGCCGACGUCGCCUGACGAUAUUCUUGGCCACAAGGCGGUGCGCGAUGCGUUGCGCCCCCACGGCAUUGGCGUCGCCACAGGCGAGAUGUGCCAGAACCGCGUCGUCUUCAAGCAAUUACUCAUGGCAGGGGCCAUUGACGUAUGCCAAAUCGAUGCCUGCCGCUUGGGUGGCGUCAAUGAGGUGCUCGCCGUGUUGCUCAUGGCCAAAAAGUACGGCGUGCCCAUCGUCCCCCAUUCCGGCGGUGUCGGCCUGCCCGAGUACACCCAGCACUUGAGCACCAUCGACUAUGUCGUUGUAAGCGGGAAGCAGUCCGUGCUAGAGUAUGUCGACCACCUGCACGAGCACUUUUUGCAUCCGUCUGUCAUUCAGGACGGAUUCUACCAAACCCCGACCGAGCCAGGGUAUAGCGUUGAGAUGAAGGCCGAGAGCAUGGACCGGUUUGAAUACCCCGGUAAGGAGGGUAGCUGGUGGAGGAGCGAGGAGGCGAAGCCGAUAUUGGAGGGCGAGAAAAUUUAA